GCCGGUCAAUCGUCCAGAUAACCAUUUGGCAGAUUGGUUGUGUUCCCAUUGGCUGCUGUCAAAGAUUUCUUCAUUUGUGUAUCAAUAUUAGUACACUGGCUCAUCAUGUUUGUCAACUAACACAGAAGCAAUAAGUAUAGAAAGAAGUUCUACCAUACUCGCCAGGAACAUAUCUAACAGACACAAAUUUCUUCUUGGAUUAAUAAUUGAUCAUUUCGAUGCAAUUAAUUGUCGACGUUUUUGUGAGCUAGUUUCUCGCUAUUACUCCUAUUAAAGACCGUCGUCAUAUUCCUGAAGUACCGGAUAAAAGCUGCCAUUGCAUGAAACGAUUACCUCGCCAUUCGCAGUCGAAGAAAAGGACGAAAAAUAUUAUGCACCACGAAAGAAACAAAGACCAGAUAAAUGUUUGGUCAGAAGGUUGAGAGAUAUUUAUUCGUGAUUUGAAAAAUAUUUUCGUGAAAAAAAACCUGGCUCCUGGCUCGAGAAGAAUAAUGUUAUAACAAGAAUCGUCGUGUUAUACGGAGGUCACAACUAGGAAAAAAAAAAAGAUAGUAGCCAUCCAUGUGUCGUCACAAUCCUAUAGGAUAUCUUCCGGCUCCUUCGGAAAAAAGCAUUGGAAUACAGUCAAAUGCACAAAGAGAUCGGCUAAAUAGGCGAUUUCUACUUGACGUAAUUCUCACGUCGUCUCCGCUUUUUACAAUGCAGUCCCUACUCCAAAGUAAUUUUAAAUAAAUAUGAUUUUAUUGUCAUUGGGGCCGGAUCGUCUGGAGCUGUUGUUGCUAGUCGCUUGAGUGAAAUAUCAGACUGGAAAGUUUUGCUACUGGAAGCCGGUGGAGAGCAACCUAUGGCUGCCGAUGUUCCCGGUACGGCUGCGGUGCUCCAGCGUUCCAAAGUCGAUUGGAAUUAUAAGACGGAACCUCAGUCUGAUGCAUGUCUUGCUUUCAGAGGCAACAGAUGCAAUUGGCCACGCGGAAAAGUUAUUGGUGGCACUUCUGUCCUUAAUUACAUGGUGUACGCCAGAGGAAACAAACGAGAUUACGAUGAAUGGGCUGAGUUAGGCAACAACGGAUGGUCAUACAAAGAAGUUCUACCCUACUUUAUCAAAUCUGAAGACAAUCGCAAUCCGUAUUUGGCGGCCAAUAAACAGUACCACGGAACUGGAGGUUACUUAACAGUUCAGGAACCGCCAUUUAAAACUCCAUUAGUCACCGCGUUCGUUGAAGGAGGCGUCGAAAUGGGUUUUGACAAUGUCGACUUUAAUGCUGCUCAACAAAUAGGUUUCGGCUUUGUACAGGGAACAAUCCGAAGAGGAACCCGAUGCUCGACAGCCAAAGCUUUUUUAAGGCCCGUCCGCAGUCGGAAAAAUCUUCACAUUUCCAUGCAUUCCCAUGUUCACAAGGUGGUUAUUGAUCCAUCAACUAAACAGGCCAUUGCUGUACGAUUCGAAAAAAGAGGAAAAAUCUACCAAGUUAAAGCCAAAAAAGAAAUUGUCAUCUCGGCGGGUGCCAUCAACAGUCCGCAAUUGUUGAUGCUGAGUGGAAUUGGUCCAGCUGCCCACCUCAACUCGUUUGGCAUUCCUGUUUUAGCCGAUCUUCAAGUGGGUGAAAACCUUCAAGAUCACCCUGAAACGGUUGGCCUGAUCUUCAGUUUCGACAAGCCUUUCGGGAUGUUGGAAACUCGUUUCUAUAACUUGGCUACGCUGCUCAAUUACACAAUCAACUCUGCUGGACCCAUGUCAAUGUUGGGAGGGCUCGAAGGCAACGCCUGGUUCAAGACGAAAUACGCGUCCAAGGAUGACGAUGACUGGCCAGACGCCGGAAUCACUUUCCUUGCAGGGUCGGCAGCGUCUGACAGCGGGGAUGUUCUCCGCGAGAAUUACGGUUUCAGAGACGACAUUUGGAACGAAUACUACGCACCAAUAGUUAAUACUGACACGUUGCAGCUCGCACCUUGGUUACCUCGUCCAUUGUCGAAGGGAACUGUCCGGCUGGCCUCGUCUGACCCGUACGCUGCUCCAUUGAUGGAUCCUAAAUACUACAGUGAUCCAAAAGAUCUUGAGACUAUGUUGGAAGCAUUGAAAUUUUCGUUAGCUUUGAGUAAAACGACGGCUUUUCAAAAAUUGGGAAUUAAAGUCUACGACAAAAUUUUCCCCGGCUGUGAGAGUUUUAUUCCAUGGACGGAUGACUAUUGGCGUUGCUUAAUCCGCUACACGACAUCUACCGCGUAUCAUCCGGCCGGCACCUGCAAGAUGGGACCAUCAACAGAUGGCGCUGCCGUCGUUGAUCCUCAGUUGAAAGUUUACAAGAUCAAGGGACUUAGAGUGGCUGAUUGUUCCAUCAUGCCUUAUCUUAUAGUCGGCAAUACCAACGCUCCGGCUAUAAUGAUCGGAGAGAAGGUCUCUGAUAUGAUCAAAGAAUCCUGGAGGCGUAUCUGAAAGGAUAAGAAGGGAGUUGCACAGCUUUUAGGAACUCCGGGAGGGAAAAGAAGCUUUUUAAAUAUUAUUUAUUAUGAUUAAUUAUCAAACCUUUUUAGACGUAAUAAACAACGCCAUUUGUCUUUAUCACAGUUACUGUGAGCGUGACCAAACAACA